AUGUGUUUUCAGCCCAAGUUCCUUUGUUCUGAUUGCACGAAAUUGACCACCAAUGAGCUAGUCUGGCUGCACAUGCAACCAUCUGAAAAAAUUGAACACAAUUUUGGGUUCGGAUUCAGGUACGACUAUAGCUGUAUUGUUCUUGUGCAUCUUUUUUUAUCAAGCCUAUUCUUUGCAUUCCCUGUCUCAAAUUACUCGUCUGUGUCAUUCUCACUCCGCACCCCCGCUUAUCCACGUCGCACAGGUCCUGCUCCCAUAGAUCCGGACCACUGGUCCACUGCGUCGGCAGCAGCCGCUCCGACGAACGAGGACACGAAAGAGUGUUGUAUUUGCAUGAUCAAUCCAAUCAAUUGUGCGUUUGUCCAAUGUGGUCACAUGGCCACGUGUUACGGUUGCGGUCAGGGUAUGGAGAAGUGUCCGAUUUGCAGACAGUCUGUGCAGUUCGUAAUGCGCGUCUAUCCGGUCUGA